CCCCCGGAAGUGCUUGUCUAGGGUUCGGGCUGGAGAGAGGCCUGGUAGACACAGGCGCGGAGACUCCGUCGGCUCCGAGUAGGGGGUCGGGUCGCGGAGAGAGUGAGGAGCUCCGCGGCCGCCACCCCGCGCCCUCGCAGCGCCUUUGCGCCGACGAAAUGGCUACCAAGAAGUAGAUGCCCAGACAUAAUGGUGAGGAACUAAUCCAGGUCAUGAAGUAAGAUGCAGUAUAGCGUCCAUCCAGAUUAGUUAAGGUAACAAACGAAGACAUAUUUUGAAAUAUGAUUAAUCUCCUGAUGCAGCAUCAGAGGCUAACAAUAUUAAUGGCCAGAUCUAGUGCUCACAUGGUCUUCUGAAGAAGCCAUGGGUAGCUGUUGUAGCUGUCCAGAUAAAGACACUGUCCCAGAUAACCAUCGGAACAAGUUUAAGGUCAUUAACGUGGAUGACGAUGGGAAUGAACUGGGCUCUGGAGUGAUGGAGCUCACAGACACAGAACUGGUUCUCUACACCCGGAAGCGGGACUCGGUGAAGUGGCACUACCUCUGCCUGCGGCGAUAUGGCUAUGACUCAAAUCUCUUUUCUUUUGAAAGUGGUCGAAGAUGUCAAACUGGACAAGGCAUUUUUGCUUUUAAGUGUGCCCGUGCAGAAGAAUUAUUUAACAUGUUGCAAGAGAUUAUGCAAAAUAAUAGUAUAAAUGUGGUGGAAGAGCCCGUCGUAGACAGGACUAGCCAUCAGACAGAAUCGGAAGUCCCGAGAACACCUCGAACACCUACAACUCCAGGGCUUGGUGCUCAGAACUUACCUAAUGGGUAUCCCCGCUACCCGUCGUUUGGAGAUGCUUCCUCCCACCCCUCAAGCCGGCACCCUUCUGUGGGAAGUGCUCGCUUACCUUCAGUUGGCGAAGAGUCCACACACCCUUUGCUUGUGGCUGAGGAACAAGUACAUACUUAUGUUAAUACUACAGGAGUGCAAGAAGAGCGAAAAAACCGUGCAAGUGUGCACAUUCCCCCAGAGGCCAGGGUUUCUAACGCCGAAAGCAGCACACCAAAAGAAGAGCCGAGUGACUCUGAAGACAGGGACCCGAGAGUGCUUCUUAGGCCUGAAGGCGUCAAGUUUGUUCUAGGACCAACCCCUGUGCAGAAGCAGUUAAUGGAAAAGGAGCGGCUGGAGCACCUUGGAAAAGACCCAGUCGGUGGGGGUGGGGCGAGUAGCACAGAGUGGGACACUGGCUAUGACAGCGAUGAACGCAGAGAUGUGCCCCCUGUUAACAAACUGCUGUAUGAAAAUAUCAAUGGGCUCUCUAUCCCAGGUGCCUCAGGGGCCCGGAGAGGUCGCCUGACUUCUGCCAGCACCUCAGACACCCAGAAUAUCAACAACUCAGCGCAGAGAAGACCUGCACUAUUAAACUAUGAAAAUUUACCGUCUUUGCCUCCUGUUUGGGAAGCCCGCAAGCUCAGUAGGGAUGAAGAUGACAAUUUAGGACCAAAGACCCCAUCUCUAAAUGGCUACCAUAAUAAUCUAGACCCAAUGCAUAACUAUGUUAACACAGAGAAUGUAACAGUGCCAGCAAGUGCUCACAAGAUAGACUAUUCGAGGCGCAGGGAUUGCACACCGACAGUCUUUAACUUUGAUAUCAGGCGCCCCAGUUUAGAACAUAGGCAACUCAAUUAUAUACAGGUGGAUUUGGAGGGGGGCAGUGACUCUGACAACCCUCAGACUCCAAAAACGCCGACCACUCCCCUCCCACAAACCCCCACGCGGCGCACAGAGCUGUACGCUGUGAUAGACAUUGAGAGGACUGCUGCUAUGUCCAACCUGCAGAAAGCACUGCCACGAGACGACGGUACAUCCAGGAAGACGAGACACAACAGUACCGACCUCCCCAUGUGAGCCCGGGAAGGUCUUCGACGUGAAGAUGCAAUGCUUCAUGUUCAUUUCUACACUAACUCCUUAUGUAGACUGAUCUUUGUUUUCUGAAUAUUUCAUGUGCAUCUUUAAAGGGAAUGAAUGCAGAGCAGGUACUCCUUGAAGACCCUAAUGUCACGACAGUCUCCUCCUUGUCCAGCAGCUCCCAUUUUCACAGUGCCUACUUAACAUGAGAAUUGAAGUGGGUGCUGUGCUGGCUGGCUUUGUGCUCGCUUUCUGGGUGUGCAUAGCUCCCAUGUCUAAGUGUGGUUGGCAUGUGAGCCUUUUCUAAAGUCUCUCGAUGAUGCGCAUGGCUAACAUAACUCUAGGCCCUGAGGAGUCCCCAUGGGUCACUGUGCACAGGGAACAUGAGGACUCUGAAGACAGUUCCCUGCACUGUCUCCAGCAGGGAACGUGAGGAUUUUAUUUCAGUAGUUAAGGGCUUUUUGACUUGGGCCAAAUUUGUGUAAAAGAAACAAAGAGAACCACACUUCCUUUUGUACCAGUCAGCUCCUCUGUCUUCAGGGUACUGGAAAGAGUCCAGUCUCUUUCCAGUUGUGUAUUGGAAGGCAGACAGGAGACAGCUCUGUGUCCUCAUCUCCUGUGUCAUCUGAAGGGUGUGUCCAGAUAGCAUCUUACUCAGACUUAUGAUGGGUUUAGGAGUCAGUCUCAGGUCACUUUUACCCCAAAACAUUUGAAAGUCUACACCAUGAUCUCCUGGUGUUUCCUUGUGAUAGAUUGUUGACAACACAUUGUUUCUGGAGACAUUUGUGCCAUUAAAUUCCUGUUGACCUUCAGUUGUUUUCCCCUUCGGUCUUUGGGUUGUCUUAUCUUGUUAUGUAAUAUCUUUUUCAACUUACAGUACAAUGUUGUGUAUUGUUUUGAGAUGGGAUCGUGUGUUUGCCGUUACUACUUAGUCUGCAUCUUGUUGUUGUGGUCUUGAAGGUCCAUUUGGAACUGACUAUUAUUCUCUAACAGGGUUGCCCUUGUCCAGUGUUUAUUUAUCUGCUGUUUACUUUCAAGUUGAUGAAAAAAAGCAUUGUUUGGAUUUGAAAUUUCAUUUGUGUCUAUGGGUGAUCUCUUUAGUAGCUGAGAGGAAAAGGAAGAUACUCUUAACCAUGUGAGUCCCCGAAGGUCCUGUCCUCACUGGGGCGCCCUGCGCAGCACUUUAGCAGGGGUUGUCUGAGCCCCACUGCAGGCCUGCCCUGCCAUCCUCUCCCGUGGAACUGGGCUCUUAUCACCCCAUGAUGUUGGUGAGCUGUUAAUGUGGCUGCCGACAUAGCAGGUACAGGGGCGUCUUCAAGCAUGCGGUUGUGUCAUGACUGCUGCUGUGAAAGGGAUAGUUUCCAUACACUGCUGAGACCCACAUGUUGAACUCUUGGAAAUCAAGAACACUCCGAGACCACUGUACAGUAAAGCGAAGGGAGGACCAGGCAGACCGGUAGCCUUGUGUUAUAGUUUACGCUUUUCUCUCAAGUUGAGGAAGUUUCGUGUUAUGAUCUGGAUAUACCAGAUGUGACGAGGGCAGAUUUAACAAGAAACAGUUUUAGUCAUCCAGCAUUCAGUAUAGUUAGGAACUCACCACAGAACAGUGACUGAUCAGCAGAGCGGUGGAGUGGGGCCACGAUACAGCGCAGCGCACUGUUCCCUCUGUGAACUAAAAUUCGUGCUGUUCUCUUCAGGAGAGUAGUGGCUACGUGUGCAGUUUACAUGUGUGAUACACUGUUGCAUUCAUCCUUUCUGAGUAGCUUGCUAAUUGUGCCAAAUUUCCGUGGUGGUUUUGUGAUGUGGGGUGGGAGGACCACGGCCACACAGAAGUAGCUCUCCACCUCGGGCCUGGUCUGCACGGCCAUCCAUCUGCAGGCUGGAUGCUUUGUCCUUUCUUUGGUCUCUUCAUUUUCCCCUUCAGACUCAAAUUAGGUUUUAUACUUUUUGGCUGAUUGAUAUCCUGCCUACAGUUACGCUUUAAGUAGUGUAUGGCUUGAGAACGCAGACGUGACCAAUUUGUCUGCUAGGAAUUUGAUCUUAGGGUACAACAUGAAUAUUAGGAAGAGGUAGACAGGUGUGUUGAUUGCAAGACGUCUUCUGGAAACCUCCCUUGUUUCUGUUUAAUCAGUCAUGUAGAACACCUGUGUCCUUUACAGUCGUCUCAUAAUGGCCAUCUAGCUCAGUCCUGGAAGAAUGCACCUAUUACUGUUUGAUGAAUUUUAGAGUGAGAUAUUUUAUUGCCACAUAUUUGUAGCCAUAUGUCUCAGAUUUUUCUGAAACAAACCUAAUUUUAGAUAAUUGGUUUUGUUGACUAGACCAUGCAACCCCACUUUUUGGUUUUGGAAAUAUAAUCCUUGCUCUCUUGUGUUCUCCCCAGAUAAAAUCUUUUUUUAGUCCAUAUAGAUCCUAACAUUUUGGUUUUGUUUUUUUUUUUUUUUUUCCCAGACCAGGACUGCAGACUGAUAUGGGUAUCACUAGUGUUUUCUGAAUGUUGUGUUUCCCAGUUUCAUCUUCCUUUGAAAAGUGAAAAUAUGGUGCCUUCCCUCCUUCCCUCCCUCUCUGCCUCCCUUCCUCCAAGAAAACUGGCAAAUAUUUCCUUGUUCUCCCCCUGCUGUGGAGUGAUGAGACACGCACUUUACUCUUGAAGACUCAGCAAAAAGGCUCACUUCUCAGCAUAUCCAUAACAGACCACAUCAUUUCGGACUUAGGAAACUUUGCCAAGCAGUCUUUGUCAUUACAGAUAGUGAUGUUGUCCCCACCCCCACCCCACACUGUUGUAAGUCAAACUGGCGUUUGUUUAUGCUCCCCACUGCACCGCCCCCCCAAUCUGUGGCACAGCAUAUAAAUGUACCUCACUAAAGUUCUAUUAAAAAUGAGAUAGGGCCUUAUGUUUUCAUAAUUUCCCAGCAAUGUGCCACCAUGCGUUUGCCUCAAGGCAAAGGUUUAACAAGCUAACAAGUACUUCCCAGUUCCCCUGUGCUGUUUUCUACCCACAAUACCCAAGUGUUUUGUGCAAUGUGUAGUGUGUAUGUAUAAAUAUAUAUAUAUAUAUAUUCUUUAGAGACAUCAUUCAGAAGUAAUGUAUUGGCAUCUCAUUCAUAUUUCUGAUGUGAAGUAUAUGGUACUAUUUACUUUUUCUUUAAUGUUUGCCAAAUUAGAAUCAAGGUGUUGGUACGAAAUAACAGCAUGUGUAGAAAACAUUUUGGCUUGAAGAGUUAGCCUGAAAUUCUUUCCCUGGGCACAGUGUGCUCUGCGCAGACCAGCGCCCUGCCGUCUCGCUGCCCGGUUCCCGUCCCUGUGUCCUCAAUUUUCAGGGUGUAACACAAUUCUUUCAUAGCAUCCUAUCAUUGAAAUUCUCUGGCAAUUGGACAAUGACAGCGUGGAAACAAGCUGGUAUAGAUAGUACAGUAGUCACUAGGGUGCCGAAUUCACAUCAGCAAAUGCAAAAUAGAUGUUUUAUAAAAGACAGACUUUGUGUUAUGUUUCUAUUUUCAUUACAUUGUAUAAUAAUGUAAGAUUAUUGUAUGUUCUAAUUUGCAUUAUAAAUGUUUUUCCUACAUAAAGGCAUAAAUAUAGCAACUUUGUAUAAAGGUAGCUUAUUAGAUUUUAAUUUUUCUUUUAUAAAAGUUAUUUACAGUGGGACUACCAUUGCCAAAUUGUAUAUGAGAUAUGAAUUUUCCCCUAUGGUUAAUUUCUAAACAUUCCAUAUUUCUCUAAUGAAAGACGUGAUACUGUACUAUGCAUAAAUUGUGUUUUAAUGCUGUUUUAUAUCACAGGUUAAUCUUGGGUUGGCAAACGUAACCACUGUGACUACGAUAAAACCUUGUGUGUGUGGCAGCGUCGCGGCCCUCUGGCCCUCUGUCUUUGUUCUUGCUCCCCAUCAGUGCCAAUGUCAGGUGUCCUGGAGCACGGCAGUAAAACAGACCUUUUACACUGAG